UAAUACAACUCUAACUAGGCAAAAACGAUGAAGAUUUAACAAAAUACCAGCGAAUAUAGCGAAAAAAACGAAUUAAAUUAAGCACAAUUUAUUUGAAUUGCAUAGAAACGAAACAUAAAACGAACGGAUAAUAAACGAAAAACGGCACUACAAAGGAAAAAACUAUUUAUUGCUAAUCAUUACAACAAGAAAACCAACAAGAAAAAAAGUCUCAAGCAUUAGAACAUCACCAUACGGCGGAUAAACCACACGAGCACAAUAAAAUAAGAAACAAACGCUGCAAAUAACCAAUAGUAUUAGCCACACAUUGAAUACUCUGAAAGCAAAGGCGUCAAAAAAGCAAACGGGCCGGUGGCUACACAAAAAUACAUACACGACGAUUCAUCUAAAAUACGCAUGGCUGGCUUAUAAAAGUGUCAACAACUUUAAUUUGCCAACAACAGCAGGAGAAUAACAACACGAACACAGCAUAAACAAAAGAAACAGCAACAACAACAAUAGCAAAGAGCUCUUCAACAAAUAUAAAACAAAUUACCAUCAAGUGUUAAAGUAACGACGGCAAGAGCCUCACUGAAGAGCAGAACAAAACUUGCAUUAAACUCUUCCCAAGCUAUAACAAUAACAAAAGAAGCAAACCUCAAGAGCACAAAACAGAAGAGCAGCGCAAGCAAAACAGAAAACAAUAAGUUCAGAAGACGAUAUUCAGACAAUAUUAUUUGUUGUUUGUUUUAAUCUCCAAUGCCUUGGGCUCCAUUGCUUUGCUAAAUGAUCCUUGCAGAAGGCAUUCCCAUAUUAUUUUCAUAGUAGGCUUUUUUGCUUUAAAAUUUCAUGCCUGCACGUCAUUAUAACGCCACACAAAUGAUCGCAAUUAGCGAAGAACAACACACCGACAACAAUGGCUCAACAACACCAAGUAGUAACACCACGGCCACCACCAACAACGCCUACAACACCAACACAAACACCAGCACAAGCAAUGCCAUCAAACACACAGUGGUAUCGACGACAGCAAAUGGCCAUAAGACAACAACAACAUCAUCAUCACAACAACAACAACACAACAAAAUAAAACCCUAUAGCGACUACAAUCAGCCAGAAACAACAAAUGGCAAUGGUGCCACAACAACACAAUCCUCAAAUACCCAAAUUGAUUCGGCCAUUGUUACCAGUGCCCAACAAAGUGCCAGCGAUUUAGUACCCGAAGGUAGUCUCUGGACGGCCCUGUACGACUAUGAAGCCCAAGGAGAGGAUGAACUGAGCCUGGAAAGGGGCCAGGUGGUAUUGGUGUUGUCCAUGGAUCCCAAAGUGUCCGGGGAUGAGGGUUGGUGGAUUGGCAAAAUCGGUGAUAAGGUGGGCAUUUUCCCCAGCAACUUUGUAACAAAUCACGAUCCCAUGAUGAUAAAUGUGCCUUCAGCCAUUGGUGAUAUCCAGCCCCAUGAAAUAGAAUACGAAGAGUUGGACGUAGAAGAAGUAAUUGGUGUGGGCGGUUUUUGUAAGGUACAUCGUGGCUAUUAUCGCAAUGAAGAGGUGGCCAUUAAAGCGGCCCGACAAACAGCUGACGAAGAUAUGCAAUCGAUGCGUGACAGUGUUCUUCAGGAGGCCAAACUCUUUUGGGCAUUAAAACAUGAAAACAUUGUAGCCCUAAGAGGGGUGUGUCUGAAGCCGCCCAAACUAUGUCUGGUCAUGGAAUAUGCCCGGGGUGGCAGUUUAAAUCGUGUUUUGGCUGGGCGUAAAAUACCGCCCGAUGUCCUUGUCAAUUGGGCCAUACAAAUUGCCCGCGGCAUGAAUUAUUUACACAAUGAAGCUCCCAUAUCUGUCAUACACCGCGAUUUGAAAAGUUCUAAUGUUUUAAUAUUUGAGGCAAUCGAAGGAGAUAAUCUACAUAAGAAGACUUUGAAAAUCACCGACUUUGGCUUGGCCAGAGAGCUGUAUAAUACAACGCGUAUGUCGGCAGCUGGUACCUAUGCCUGGAUGCCGCCAGAAGUUAUAAGUCGGGGCACUUACUCCAAGUCUUCGGAUGUUUGGAGUUAUGGUGUCUUGCUAUGGGAACUGAUAACUGGUGAGACCCCCUACAAAGGUUUUGAUUCAUUGUCUGUGGCCUAUGGUGUUGCUGUUAAUACCUUAACAUUGCCCAUACCAAAAACAUGUCCUGAAGCCUGGGGAAAACUCAUGAAAAGCUGUUGGGAGGGAGAUCCUCAUAAUCGCCCAGGUUUUAAGGAUAUUCUCAUGAAAUUAGAGGACAUUGCUCGCUCUGGUUUUACUUCUACCCCGCAAGAAUCUUUCCACACCAUGCAGGAUGGUUGGAAAAAGGAAAUUGCAGAAGUUCUACAUGAAUUGCGAUUAAAAGAGAAAGAAUUGCGCAAUAAAGAGGAACAACUUCGCCAAAUACAAAUGCAACAACACGAACAGGCAAAUAAUUUGAAAAUAUUCGAACAACAAUUACGUGCCCGUGAGCUGGAACUAAUGGGACGUGAAUUGAUAAUAUUGCAGACAAUACCGAAACCAAAUAAACGACGAAAUAAAAUUAAAUUUAAACCGAAGAAAGAUCCUGUACAAAUAUCUCUGCCGACUGGUUUUCAACAUAAGAUAACAACGAUACGGGAUCAAACUUGUGGUGUACCAACACCACCGGGUUCACCGGCCAUAUCGGGUCUACGAAUAGUGGCACUGAGUCCUGAUGGUUUCAAGGGUAAAACCUGGGGCCCAUCCACUGUCCACCAACGCGAAAGAAGUCAUUUGAGUACCACUCUGCAGGCAACAGAGUGGCAGGCAAAUGUCAAUAGUCACUCUUCGAUAAGCAAGAGUGCACCGAAUCUUGAUAAGAAAACCCAACGACAGCAACGUGAAUUGGCAGCGGCGGCAGCUGCUUUGGUGGCCUCUUCGACGCCAUCAUCACCCACAAAUGGCUUUCCCAUAAAUGGCAGUGCAGUAACAACAACGCAAGGUUCCAAUUCCAAAGAUGAUUGGUGCUCACCCAUACACACGCUGCCAGGCGGCGGUCCAAAUCUUCCCAUAAUGUCUCCAAAUCCUUAUCUCUUAAGUCGUUUCACUUCCAACAUACCUAUGCCCACAUUAUAUGCCGGCGAUGCCAUACGCAAACCGAAACUAUCCGUAAUUGAAGUCCUCUUGUAUAACAUGGCAGCAUUAUUGGCUGGAGUUGCUGCCGGCUAUGAUGUUCGAAUGUCAAAUGUAUCACCAUUUCAUCCGACACUGUUGAGUGAUGUACCCGCCUUGAAAGCUGCACCCAUUGAAAUGGAACUACCCAAGGUCACGACAACCGAGGAUCGACGUUUUGCCGCCAACACCUAUCAUGGUACAGGAAAUAGGAAUAGAACGGCCAUUAGUUCUCUGACCUAUGAACCCACAGAUGUUCCCGGCUCUCCUAGACGUGCCGCUGGUCAAAUUGCACCCCUAACCGAUUCUCCUUUGGCUCAACAUAAACAAAAACACAACUAUAAUAUAACUGACUCCCCCACGCCUUAUCCCAAAUUUAACCCCAAUUCGGGCUUGGCAAAUAUCACAUCCCUGCCGCAGCAUCAACAACAACAGCAGCAUCCUCAUCAUCAUCCGUUGCAUCAUGGCAAAAGUGUUACCCAGCCACCAACACCGCAACAUUAUGGCGGUGGACAGCAACAAAUACGCAAAAUGCCCUCUACCAUAUCGACAACAACAACAAGUGGUUUGGGUUCAAAUUUCACCAACAAUACCUCGGGUAUAUUGUCUUCCUCGUUGGGUAGUAGCCAUACCCAACCGCCCACACCAUCACCGCGUCGUAAAAUCAGCACCUCUUCAUUUACGGAAAAUCUAGAAUACUCGGAGCAGGAGGAUAAUCUACCAAUAGACAAAGCUUUUCGAGAUUUUCGUUUGGGUGGUCAAGUUGGUAUGCCCGGCAUGCCGGUGGUGGGUGGAGCAACGGGGGCCAUGGUGGCGCCCAAUCAAUCAAUGUUUACACCCAAGGAUUUUUUGCGAAAUGGUCCCAGUUUUUCCAAUGAUGGUGGGGCCUAUGGCGCUGGAGCCCAUCGAGCAGGGUAUUUGGGUUCCAAUUAUUUCCCCUAUCGCCCGGAACAUCAGUUGACCUAUGAACGGGACUGUAAAUCCUAUCCCGACUAUUCGUAUGACUACAAUCAUCGUUUGCCGAACUAUUAUGAUUACAACUACGAACCCCAGCCACCACCACCACCUGCUCCACAACAACAUCAUGCCUCACCGCCAGUGGUGAGGACACCACCACCGCGGGUGCCACAAAUGGGUGUUAGUGCGGCUGGUCAUCGUCGUACGCCUUCGACAAUAUCCAAUAAUUCGAAUUACAAUCAGGGCUACACCAUAGACUAUGAUGAGACAACGGCCUUUGAUUAUAAUAAUAUGGCUCUCCCCUAUGCCGAAUAUGGCCCCUAUAGGGAUCCCUCUAUGGCCACAGGCUCUGUGCCGCCUCCCACAAAACAAGAACUGUAUAAAAAUUCCCCCAAGCCUUCGAAUCGUUUUAUGGCCUCCCAGCGCAGUGACAUUGCAGCUCUAAAUCGCAUGCGAGAUUAUGAAAAUCUACCCUAUAAUAGCAGCAGUCCUCUGCACAAGCCGCUCUAUCAAUACCGGGACAGUGGCGGAGGUGGAGCCACAUCUUUGCAUCACACUCCACAGCGUACAAUUUAUACGAGAUCCCGAUCGACACCCAUGUCACCAAUAAACAUGAAAACCUCACCACCCUCCCCAGCACCCACGGUAGCGAAACCAAAGCCAACCGGUGCCGCCCAUGAAUCGGCACCCAGACUCAUACCCGAACGACCUGAUAGUUUACCCUUCGAUGGCAAUAAUUUGGCAUUUGUGGCGACGGGUACAAAAUUACGUUCCUCAUUGAAAAAGUACAAUAAUUAUAAGACACCAAAUGGGGCUCCCCUAAAUGGAACAUCAUCGGCUAGCAAUCCAAUAAAUGCUGGCGGCAGUGGAACCGCUGGCAGUACACCCACAAAUCCCACGCCCCCCGAUUCGUUGACCAGUGAUGAUAGUUCAUAUUUAAGUGCCAAAGAGGGUUCGAUUUCGUCGCAUAGUCGUGUACGUUUUAGUCCUGAUGCCUAUGCUGAUGCUAGUCCGGGUGGUGGUGGUGGCGGUGGAGCUGCUGCCAGUUCUACAAAUAAAACGUUGGCUUUGUAUGCACGAAGAUUGUCACGUCGCAACACAGCAGAUAUUUCGGGAUCGUCCACCUCACCCUCAUCCUAGCAGGGAUUUGUAAAUCUAAGGGUACAGAUGGCACGUAGUCCGGGUGCUCGAUCCAGUACAUGGUCAUUGAACAACUAUGGUCAACCGGGACUAAUUUCUCCCUCAGCAGCUGGGGGCGGGAAUGGUCAACAAUUGCCCUAUCGUUGGUAUUCGGGGGCAAGGCGGUCACGUUCAGCUCAGUAUGAGUAUCAAAUGUGAAGCCUUGUCAAUCUCUGUUUCGCUCUCUCUCUCAGCUUUUACCAACAACAUUCAGGUUUCAUAGGGAAUACCAAAAACAAAACACUCACACAAAUGGACUAAACAAAUGUAUCACACUCCCAACUCUCUCGCUCUCUCUCUCCCUUACAAUGAGACUUAAGUGAGAGUGGGAUAUUAGUUACAAUCGAAUUGUAAUUGAUUCUGAAAUCAAGUAUUAAAAAACUGAAACUGAUAAAAUCAUUUAAAAAAAUAACAAAAAUAUUUUAUAAGAAAAAGCGAAAAGCAAGCGAGAAAAUAAGCACAAAACAUUUCAAGUUAUAUUUGAAAACUUUUCAAGAAAAUCAUACAAAUGAUGUGU